AGUAGUUAUAAAGCAAACAUGCAGGAAGGAAGAUCACCAGGCUUAGAAACAGAGCUCAAGGGAUACAUAGAGACUCUUGGGCUGUCCAAGUGGUCUGCAGCACCAGGAACUGCAAGGAGAACAAUUGACUUGAAGGACAAGGCUCAAUCCAAAGAGAAUGAAGCAAAGAAAAUGAAAGGCAAAAGACCAGUCAAUGCACAGAAACUGAGGGCUUCAACAUCUCAUGCAGGUCAAACUCUAAGAGAUGGGAAAUCCUCUACAUACAUGAAGCUACUCAUUAAACCCGGGAAACGCUGGGGUGAAGAUCAGGCAUGUACAAAUUGUGAAGCUAGGAAAGAAAGGAGAGAUUUUGCAUGGAUGGAGACUGUGGUGAAGAAAGGGACAAUGGCUGACCGCAUGGCUGCUUAUACAAUGUUAAUUCAGGAUUCCCCUGUGCACACUAUGAGGCAUCUGAAGCAACUCCUGAACCUUGUGUCAAAUAAAGCAAGGCGAGAAGGGCUCAUGGCUUUAGAUACUCUGAAGGAGCUCUUCCUGUCAGAUCUCUUGCUGGAAACUAGGAAGCUCAGAGCAUUUGAAAUGCAGCCACUGUGUGAAGCAGGAACUAUGGCUGAGGAAAGACGAGAAAGGUUUUUGAUCUUGUGCUUCUUUGAAGACCAGUUGAAGGAGGCAUAUUCAUCAUUCAUUCAGGCUGUGAAUGAGCUAGCUCGGGACACUGUUGAGGCCACUCGAUUGAAAGCUAUCCACAUACUCUAUGAGCUUCUUCUCAAUAAUUCUGAGCAAGAACAAACUUUGCUAAGCUCCCUGGUGAACAAGAUAGGUGAUCCAGUAAGGAAGGUGGCAGCACGAACAAUGCAUCGACUGCUUCAACUCCUCUCCCACCACCCUCAGAUGAAGCAUGUCAUCACUUUGGAAGUGGAACGAAUGAUCUUCAGUCAUAUUUAUCCCUCUCAUAACAGACCCAAUGUCAGUCAGAAAGCACAGUACUAUGCUGUUUGCUUCCUGAAUCAGAUCCUGUUGUGUCGGGAUGAUCUAAAUCUAGCUGCCAAGCUUGUGUCCAUCUACUUUGCUCUCUUCAAAGCAUCAGUGAAAACGGGAGAGGUGGAGAGCAAGUUAAUGAGUGGCCUCUUGACUGGAGUCCAUCGAGCUUUCCCCUAUUUACCACUAGAUGGAGAAAAGAAGAAAUCACUUAUCAAUGAGGAACUGGAAACUAUGUAUAAGAUUGUACAUGUUUCCCCUUUCAGUGUGGCUACCCAGGCUCUCAUGCUGAUAUUCCAUGUUCUCCAGAGAAAGGGCUCUCUGUCUGACAGGUUUUAUAUGAUCCUGUAUCGAAAGCUGUUGGACCCUGCUUUACUGUCAAGUUCAAAGCAGAAUCAAUUCUUGAACCUUUUAUUCAAGGCUCUGACUCAAGACUCGGUUUUGCCUCGACUCAGGGCAUUCCUAAAACGUCUCCUUCAACUAUGCUUACAUUUUCCUGUCCCUCUUGUCUGUGGCUUCCUUAUCCUCAUUUCAACUGUUUUGAAACAGAACCCAACUAUUGUAGCCAUCAAGUCCAAGAGCUUUCUGGAAGAUGGACAGUCAGUUUCUGAAGAAGAUGGGAGUGGUGAGGAGGAUUAUAAGGAUGUUCAGGACUCAGAUGAAGAAGAAAAAUCUCCAGAAACCAAACCCCACUCUUCAUGGGUCCACAAACAGAAUCUGCUCAUAGGUAGAGGCAAAAGGACUCAGAACAGAUACGACCCAACCUGUCGAAAUCCUCUUUAUGCUGGUGCAGAAAGUGUCUCAUUUUGGGAGCUGAAGUCAUUGACUGCUCACUGCCAUCCCACAAUAGCUGUGUUUGCUCAGAAGAUCUGCGAUGGGGAAAGUAUUAACUAUUCAAGUGAUCCUAUGCAGGACUUUUCUCUUUCACAUUUCCUGGACCGAUUCGUGUUCAAGAAUCCUAAGAACCUCAACAGGGAGCACCAGUUGCCCCAGGAUAUGAUCAUGGGCAAGCGACGACUCCAGCAGCAAUUCCCUGCAGCUGUCAAUAUGGAAAUGCUCCUCAGCAUGGAGGAACAUCAAGUUCCUGUGGAAGAGAAGUUCCUCUAUAGGUACUAUAUUUUAUGUAUGUUUAGUUGCAAUGGAGUUGAAGUGAAGGCUAUCAAGACAUCAAUCAGACAUGGAAAACUGACAUACAACCUCUGUCAUGAAUUGAACCUGGGUCUCCAUGCAGGCACACCUCAGAGGCUUCCUCCUUGCUUCUUCAAGAACCAGUCUGAGGAGCAAGAAAAGAGAAAUAAGGGAGAGAAGGAGGAGGAAGAUGAAGAGGUGGAAAGUGUGUCAAGUGAUGAGUUUCAGGAAUUCCUACAGCACAGGGGAAGAGAGCAUGUAGAUAUGGAAGACAGUGAAGGGUUGGACUUUGCAAAUCUCUUCUUGGACAGGCCAGAGAAGGGACAAAAGCACAAAGUUGAAAGCAUGGAGGAUGAUGACAACAGUGACACUGAUGACCAGGAUGAGGAAGACAAUGAAGGUGAUGAUGUUGCAUGGGAAGAUGAGGAAGAAAAUGAAGGUGGCAUUGCAUGGGAAGAUGAAGAAGGUUGGAACGAGGAGGAGAUUGAAUUCUCUGAUGAAUCAGAUUCUGAUAUAAAGAAGCCUACAAGUUCUAAGGGGAGACGCCAUAUCAGGCAGUCCAAAGAAGACAUCCAAGAUGAUCUCUUUGUUUCUGCUGAACAGCUGUCUUCCAUACUGGAAAGCUCCAAUCGGGGAUCAAAUUUGACAGAAGAUGAUUGGGAGUCUCGCCGUUUCAAGAGGAAAGCAUCAUGUCAUAAGUCUUACACGAUAGGCCCUGGCACUUCCAAGAGGAGGAAGAAAAAGUAAUGUCUUUGCAGGUUGGAUGGAAUAAUGAUUUUGCUUAUUCCAUACAAGAAUUUUAUUUAUCUCAUUCAUUCUGGAAAGCACAGGCUGAGUUCAGAGUCUUCUGGAUAUUAAAUGUGGGUACAUGGAGUUUCAUGGG